AUCAGUGUCACGUGAUCCGUCAGAAGCUCAAGAAACAUUUAUUUUUAUUUUACAAUACUGAAAACUGUUUUGCUUCUUUUCUUCAGCAUUUUUUUUAAGAACAAUCAGUAAAGUAUACGAAUUAAUCCACUUCAAAAUUAUGGUAGUUGAUCAGUAUUUAUACUUUUGUUAAGGUUGCUAACUUCGCUCUGCACGUGAGUCCACCAGACAUGCUUCAGAAACAUCAUGAGGUUCUUGAAACUCUACUAUAUUUGUCCUGCAGAUAGAUCAACAGUCACACUGCUGUUGGACUUUAGUCUCGGUUCUAUCAAUCGGACAUGGUUAGCGUUACAUAAAUUCGCGAAAGAGGGAGCGCUUGUGUCUGUCUGUUUCUACAGAUAUGGAGACACAGUGUUUACAGGACUUUCGGGACUUAUGCACUUUUGAGAGUUUUAAGGGUUUCUGGCACUAUUAUGGUUACGGCGUUGAUCAACGAGAACUGAUCGAUCGGGAAUUUCAACGGAUUAAAGGCGUUACAUACCUUGAUCAUGCAGGGACAACGCUAUUUCCUGAAUCUCAGAUUAAAGGAUUUUAUGAUGAUAUAUCUAGGAAUGUUUAUGGGAAUCCUCACAGUCAUAAUCCCAGCAGUAGACUGACACACGACACUGUGGAAAGUGUCCGAUACAGGAUACUGGAACAUUUUAAUACAUGUCCUGAAGAGUACUCAGUGAUUUUCACAUCAGGAUGUACUGCAGCACUGAAAUUAGUGGCUGACACUUUCCCCUGGAAGGCUGAAUCAGAUGAGGGGCCAGGAAGUCAGUUCUGCUACCUCACUGACAACCACACCUCUGUGGUGGGCAUCCGCGGUGUGACCGCACUCCAGGGAGUUGGCACCGUUUCUGUUCUGCCUCACGAAGUGGAGAGAAGAGCGAGAAAACCCCCCACCCAGACAAAUGGAGAGGAGUGCGCUGCACCUCAUCUUUUCUGUUAUCCUGCCCAGAGCAACUUCUCAGGCAGAAAGUAUCCUCUGAGCUAUGUGAAGGGAAUUCAAUCUCAGCAGCUCUAUCCAGCAUGCGAGCACCGCGGUCGAUGGUUUGUUCUCCUGGACGCUGCCUGCUUUGUAAGCUGCUCACCUCUGGAUCUAAGCCAAUAUCCCGCUGAUUUUGUGCCAGUAUCUUUCUACAAAAUGUUCGGCUUCCCGACUGGACUCGGAGCCUUGCUGGUGAGGAAUGAGGCUGCUGAGGUCUUGAGAAAAACUUACUUUGGAGGAGGUACAGCAGCGGCGUAUCUUGUGACAGAGAACUAUUUUGUACCGAAGCCAAAUGUAGUCAGCAGGUUUGAAGAUGGCACAAUCUCCUUCCUUGACAUCAUUUCUCUCCAUCAUGGCUUUGAAACACUCCAAAAACUUACAGGCAGUAUGCUGAACAUUCAGCUUCACACGUUUGGAUUAGCUCGCUACACCUUCAGUGUCCUCUCGUGUCUGUGUCAUUGCAAUGGAAAACCUGUGGCACAGAUCUACUGUGAUAAUGACUUUCAGAAUAUUGCUGAACAGGGUGCGAUCCUCAACUUUAACCUGCUGGACUGUCGUGGACGAACAGUAGGGUAUUCUCAGGUGGACAAAAUGGCCAGUCUGUUCAAUAUUCAUAUUCGCACAGGCUGUUUCUGCAACACAGGGGCCUGCCAGCAUUAUCUGGCCAUCAGCAACCAAAACCUGAAGAGUAAUCUGCAUGCCGGUCACAUCUGUGGAGACAACAUUGAUCUGAUUGAGGGACGUCCCACAGGAUCCAUCCGUGUCUCUUUUGGAUACUCGUCUAGCUUUGAGGACUGUCAGAACUUUCUUCGGUUUGUUGUGAACUGUUUUGUGGACAAACCUCUCAUUUUGGACCAAAAGAGACUAACCAAGCUCAAGUCAGCUGAACCGAUGGAGUCAGCAGCAUCUUAUGACCUAGCAUCAAUACCAAAUGGCCAACUAGGGCAUCAGGAUGGGCAAACUAUCACCCCUUCACCUGGGAGAAUAGCACCAUCUGAAGACACUGUCUCAAAACAAGAAAAGAACAAUGGCAGUUGCCAUACACUAACCAAUCUCUUCAUCUAUCCUGUCAAAUCAUGCGCAUCAGUUGAGGUGACAGAGUGGCCACUGGGACCCCAGGGUUUGUUGUAUGACCGUUUGUGGAUGGUUGUGAAUGAGAAUGGAGUUUGUCUGAGCCAGAAAAGAGAGCCAAAGCUGUGUCUCAUCCAUCCUAUCAUCUGUCUGGCUUCUAACACACUGCAGCUGCAAGUCUCAGGCAUGGAGCCAGUCACUGUACCCUUGGAGACCAGUCUAAUGAAUUCAGAUCUAAGAACAUCCCAGAGCAAAGUUUGUGGUGACAGGGUACAGACGGUGGAUUGUGGAGAGGAAGUUUCAGCCUGGCUUUCUGAGGUUCUGGGAAAACCUUGUCGUCUUUUAAGGCAGAGACCUGAAUUUCUGCGUGAUAUGAAAUUUGGACCAGAAAAAGCAGAGAAUUUCGGUCCCACUGCUCUCUCUCUGGUGAAUGAGGCUCAGUUUCUGCUUAUUAACAAAGCCAGCGUGUCUCUUCUGCAAGAGCACAUUGCCAACAGGCAGGAUAGUGAGAAUGAGGGAACAUGGCAUGACAUGGAGAAGCUCAUUCAGCGUUUCAGGGCAAACCUGGUCAUUUCGGGACAGGAGGCGUUUGCAGAAGACGACUGGUCUCACUUGACAGUAGGAGACACACAGUUUCAGGUGAUUGGGAGAUGUGGCCGCUGUCAGAUGAUUGGAGUUGAUCAGAAAUCAGCCACUAGAACCCAGGAGCCCCUUCGGUCUCUUUCUGAAUGCAGAAGUGGAAAGGUGACUUUUGGUGUUUAUUUGGCUCACCAGUCAGCAAGGAACACCACUGCUGUCCCCGUCUUAUCUGUUGGGGCCCGUGUUAUUCCACGAAUAUCAGAAUCUACAGAUAAACCUUAGAAUUGUUUUGUAAUUUGAUUUUUAAACUUAAGUCACAUUUCAGUUAAGUUAAUGUAUUUUAUGUGAUAUAUUUGUACUAGUAAUAUGUAAAUGUAAAUAUUUAAUACACUUUGAACACA